AUGCCCCACGCAACCCACCCCUCCCCUGGCCUCCAAGCCCUCAUCCUCUGCGGCCCAGGCAUAAGUCUCAACACCUUCACGUCCAAGCCCUCCGACUUUCCCAAAGCCCUAGUCCCCAUAGCCAACCGUCCCAUGGUCUGGUAUGCCUUGGAAUGGUGCUACCGGAUGGGGAUCACAGACAUUACUCUCAUCACACCCCCCGAAGCCGCGCCUCCAUUGCAAGCAGCGUUGUCCACCAAUCCGGCAUUGACAAGUCUUCCGAAUCCGAAACCUGAGAUCUUGGCUCCCGAGGGGUUGGAUAUGACGACCGGGACUGCGGAGCUCUUGAGGUUAUCGGAGGUGCGAAAGGUGCUGGAACGGGAUUUCGUUGUAUUACCUUGUGAUCUCGUCUCCGAGAUGGAAGGGGCCAAAUUCCUGCAGCAAUGGAUGGUGCUGAAUCCGAGCCAGAGUAGUCCGAAGAAGAAUUCGAAAGGCAAGGGAGGCCUAGCGGUGUACUAUCCCACUUUCGGCCGAGAAGGCGUGAGUAACAAGAAAGAUGAGACGGAUUUCGUCGCCACGGUGCCCAUCGCACGACCCACUGUGCCACCUCCACAGGGAUCUUUGAGGGGUGAGGUGGAGGAGGUCGUGCUGGCUAUGCCGACUGAUACUGUCAAUGAUAUUGUUAAGGAGAAUAAGUCGACGUUGCCUAUCCGGCACGCAUUACUGCGGAAACAUGGACGGGCGAAGAUCAAGACGCAGCAUAGAGAUGCACAUAUCUAUUUCUUCCCGCUGUGGGUCAAGGAUUUCGUCGAGCCUAAUGAGAAGUUCGAGAGCAUUGGGGAGGAUGUUGUGGGCUGGUGGGCGAAGGCAGGGUGGCAGAGUGGUCUGGCAGAGAAGCUGGGGUUGGGUGAAGUGCUAGGCGAGAAGGCUGUGACGGAAGAUGGUGGGGAGGAGAGCUUUUCGCAAGACGAUGAGGAAGAUGUGGACGCCAUGGCUCUGUCCAGCACGAAUGCCGCGGCGCCUCAAUAUCAGGAUAUCACCACAGCGCUAUCUUUCGCCUCGCGAGUCGGCGAUGAUACCAUACUCCCAAAAACACCAAACCCACAGCGACCCCAGCUACCACCAUUGCUAGCUUACAUUCAACCCUCGCCACCCCCACUCCCAGCCAGUACGGGAACAACCCCAAACAACCAAAACACAUCCACGCCCACCAUCUCAUCACUCCCUUUGAUCCGCCGGAUAGACACAACCCCCCAACUCCUCUCCCUCUCCCUCUACCUCGCCCGUCAAACCCCACCUCACCCCUAUGCACCCGAGCACAAAAGCCACCCAACCGCUCAAAUCGGCCAACAAUCCCGCAUCAGUCAGGAAGAUUGCUUGAUAGCGGAAAAUGUGACGAUGGGGAUGAGAUGUAAUCUCAAAGAGACAAUUGUUGGCGCUAAUUGUGAGAUUGGGGCAAAUGUCAGGUUAACCAAAUGUGUGCUUAUGGACGGCGUCACUGUGGGAGACGGCGUGGUAAUGACGGGUUGUGUAGUCGGCCGACGAGCGAAGGUCGAAGGCUUGAAGUCCGCGGUUUCUGCUUCUGCUUCUGAGCCUCCUCCGCCUGCAGGGGCUGGAGCGGAUGGUACCGCUACUGCCGCCCAAGAAGGCAAGGGCAAAGGCAAGAAGAAGGUCAGCACUGGUGAUGAUGAGGACGAGAAGACCAGAUUAACGGAUUGUGAGAUUGCGCCUUACUUUGUUGUUGAGGCGGGGACGGAGGCCAAGGGGGAGACGUUGAAGGGGUUUGAUGAUGAGGAUGAUGGGUUGGGGGAUGAGGGAGGUGUGGAUGAUGAGGAGGAAGAGGAUGAUUCGUGA